AUGGCUCAAGGAAACGAACCGGAGCGCCGCAACGAUAGGCUCAAAGAAGAAGAGCUGAGGGAAGCGGCGGAGGUGGAAAAUGCCGGCGAACCGUUGAAGGAGCACGGCGAGACCACACCCAUCACCUCCGCAUUUGCAGACUGGAGCCGAGCAGCGUGUAUCAAGAAGUUCUGGCGGCUUUACAUCACCGGCCUCUCCAACGUCGUCGGCGUACCUCUCAUGUUCGGUUACACAACCUAUUUCCUCUCCAUGGCAAACGUCGAGGACCCGUUCUUGGGCAAGAUCAUUAUCAACUCCAUCUUGCCCGCCGGUAUCAUCAUGUCGUUCUACUUGAUUGACAAGGUCGGCCGCCGUACACUUGUGCUCGGCGGGGGGUUUGGCAUGUGCGCCGUCUGCCUGAUUGUUGGUGGCUUGGACUUCAUGAAGCCCACCGCGGCAUCCGGUCCUGUCCUGGUUGCUUGUUGGAUUUCCCUGGUGGAAGUCUCGAGUCCAAAACUGCGAGCCAAGACAGCAUCUCUGGCAGUGACAGUCCAGUACAUCACCGGUAUUAUCCUUAACUACACUGUGCCACUGAUGCUCUCAAACCAGUAUGCUGGCUGGGGACAAAAGAUUGGCAUCUUCUUCGGCGGCGUCACGUUCGUAUACCUGAUUCCUUGUAUACUGCUCUUCCCCGAGACGAAGGGGAGAACAUACCAAGAUCUUGACGAACUGUUCGAGCGCCACAUUCCAGCAUGGAAGUUUUCCAAGACAAGAACUGCUCAUCGAAAUGGUGUUGAACUGCGGUCUACUAACCAGUAA